CUCUCUAUGUCUCUCUCUCCCUCUCCCAUAGACUCUCAUCGACUCUCUCCUCUCUCUCUCACUCUCUGUGCUCUCCAUUCAAGUAAAACACUAUUUAUUGUAUGAUUUAAUACAUGUCUCCACACAUUGUAUACCCAUUGCCACCACUAAUAGCACUAAUGAAUGCAAAUGUCAUAUAAAACACACCGUCUUCUCCACCAACUCAUAGCACUGUCCCAAACAAAAGUCACCACCAAUUGGUCCCAAACUCGUUGAUUAGCCAUCGCUUGAGUAACUGUUGGUGUGAUCGCCAUAAAUGUGCGCUCAGUUUGUGUGUGAAGUGAAUGUGAGAUCACUAUAAGUGUUGUGUUGUUGUUGUGGUCGUCGUUGAAAAUGGAGGCAGAGUUUGAUGACUACGACAAACACAACAAAUGGCAACACAUCUAUCAGAAAAUCAGAUACCAGUCAUCGGACGACAAUCUGACGAACAAAGAGAGCCGAAAGUCGGAGAAUAAGCCAUUCAAUCGAUACAAAGAUGUGACGCCAUACGAUUGGAGUCGUAUUAUAUUGAGAAGAAGUGACAACAACUACAUUAACGCCAGUCUUAUAAAAGUAGAUUCCGCUCAAAGACAGUAUAUUCUGACACAG